AUGGCUGAUGUAGACAAAAAGACGGAUGGCCCCGAGCCGUAUUCCGCCGCGGGCUUCGACUUCACCCUACUCCCUGACUAUGCCAACGACUUCGUUGAGGAAGACCAUUUUGUCGAAUUCGCGCGGGCUUUAGCUGCGCCCGAGAAUGCAUCGCCAUCGGCCGAAGACCUCACCUCUCCGCCACCCGAGCGAACUUUCAUCACGGCGCAAAAUGAUUGGCGACCCGUCCACCAGCGAGUCAAGCGGCGCAAGAAGAGCAAGGCGCCGCCACGGCGGGGCAAGGACGAGACGCGCGAAGGCUUUUCAUAUGUGCUUGUCAAGUGGCCUCUGCUGCUAGUCGUACUUGGAUGGCUACUCUUCUUAAGCAUAGCCUACGUCUUCACGCGACUGUAUAUUUACCUCUAUGAGCACUGGAUUACAUGGCGAGGUACCCGCGAGCGACUACGUCAACGACUACAAGAUGCGACUUCAUACGAAGAAUGGAUAAAAGGCGCAAAGGAGCUGGACACAUAUUUGGGCAAUGAUUCGUGGAAGACAAAGCCCGAGUAUGCCUACUAUGACAGCAAAACCGUCGCAAAAGUGUAUCAACAGAUGGGCAAACUAAGACAAAAGGCCGAGGCGGAAGAAAACAACGCCUCGGAACAAAAGACCAGCGCCGGACAGCACACAGCCAUUGAGGAUCUCCGUGCGCUGUUGGAGGCGUGCAUGAAGAACAACUGGGUCGGGUUUGAGAAUCCACGAUUGUACAGUGAGACAUACUACGGAACAAAGGAUCUUGUCCAACAAUUCGUCGACGAAGCUGAGGCCUCCCUCAAAUUCCUCCUGACAACGACGCAACUCGAUGCGGAAAACAAGCGCGCGCUAUUCAAACACAUGGGUAGCAACUUUGGGCGAACAGCCCUCUGUCUUUCUGGAGGAGCCACAUUUGCAUACUACCAUUUUGGUGUCGCCAAGGCCCUCAUGGAUGCUGAUCUCUUACCAGAAGUCAUUACCGGCACAUCAGGCGGUGCCCUUGUUGCUGCGCUCCUAUGUACAAGGACCGACGAUGAGCUUAAGAAGCUCCUCGUACCCGCUCUAGCUCAUCGCAUCACAGCUUGCCACGAAGGCAUUCUCACAUGGUCAAAGAGGUGGUGGAAGACCGGAGCCAGAUUCGAUAGUGUCGACUGGGCAAAGAGAUGUGCCUGGAUGACGCGUGGUAGUAUGACUUUCAAGGAAGCAUACCAACGAACAGGACGUAUUCUCAAUGUUUCCUGCGUUCCCUCGGACCCUCACUCGCCAACUAUCCUAGCGAAUUACAUCACAGCGCCAGAUUGUGUUAUCUGGUCCGCUGUUCUGGCGUCAGCUGCCGUCCCUGGUAUCCUCAACCCAGUCGUGCUAAUGAAGAAGAAUUGGGACGGGACUCUGUCCCCCUAUUCCUUUGGCCAUAAAUGGAAGGAUGGUAGUCUCAGGACCGACAUACCUUUGAAGGCUCUCAAUCUCCAUUUCAAUGUCCGCUUCUCGAUCGUAAGCCAGGUCAACCCACAUAUCAAUAUAUUCUUCUUCUCUUCUCGUGGAUCAGUCGGGCGGCCCGUCACCCACAGGCGUGGUCGCGGCUGGAGAGGUGGUUUCCUUGGUUCGGCCACAGAGCAGUAUCUCAAACUCGAUCUAUACAAAUGGCUCAAGGUCCUUCGCCACCUGGAACUAUUACCACGGCCACUAGGCCAGGAUUGGAGUGAACUCUGGUUACAACGAUUCAGCGGAACCAUCACCAUCUGGCCCAAGUCCAUACCAUCCGACUUCCUUUUCAUACUAUCUGACCCAACGCCCCAGCGCCUUGCUAGAAUGUUAAAUGUUGGCCAACAAUCCGCAUUUCCUAAGUUGAAGUUUAUUGCCAACCGCGCCAAGUUGGAAAACGUUAUCAUGGAAGGGAGACGAAAAUACAAACCUCGUGGUACACGCGAUGACGAAAUGGUCAACGUCCUUAGUGAGGAGGAUCUCCGCAGCUUGCUCAAACGUACGAAGAGCGACGGCCCCGAAAGUGGUGUUCCAUACCCCAUGUCCGCCUCUGAAUCCUCGUCCACCGCAGGUCCAUCGCGGCCUAGCUCACCAGUGAACCUUCCUCUAGGCUUCGGAUUCUCCUCUCGCAAUAAGAAAGCAGCACCUACGGACAUAGUGGCACAGUCGGAGAAGCAACUUGAUGUUCCUGACAGCCCUUCGUUGUCGAAACGCCUUAGUGGCUGGUGGUCUGCCAUGUCACCGCCAACUACGGCAGACGCCACAGCUUUUGGGAGCCGUUCACGCGUUUCGCCAUUCAGCCAUGAUCGUCCCAACUCGAUGUUUGAAUCUUCUGGCGAUAGGAGCGGCUUUGCUACUGAGAGAAAACCAAGCAGGGUUUUUGAUGACUCGGAUUCUGCUGCUGAAGACACUCGGGGCACCUCUAGACGUAAGCAGCAGCAUGAAGAUGGUAUGCUUGGCGAUGCGGAUGCAGGGGAUUUUGGCGACGAUGAGGAGGAGAAAGAUGAAGUACAGAAUGUCGGAGUUGGCCUUGGGCUUGAGGGACCAGCACUAUAGAUUACCUUCACCUACACCUGAUUACCUUCACCUACACCUGAUUAGAUUGGAUAGAAAUUAUAAUUGGAAAAAGUUCAAUAUAA